AUGUCAAAGGCAGCAGCAGGUCUGACGGACCCGUGGGAGACGAUCGAGUUGAUAGGAAACGCCCCGACUGAGCGCUGGGGCCAUACUGCUACCAAGAUCUCGAACGACCGCGUGGUGGCCUACGGUGGAAUCGAUGACGAGGAGCGAACACUAGGGGACUUGCACGUGUUUGACAUGCAAACACACCGCUGGACGACUCCAAUCAACUGCGAAACGAUCCCGCGAACGUGGCACGACGCCGUGCACCUGCCUCUCAAGAAUGUAGUGCUGUGUUUGGGGGCGAGCGCACGGAAAGCGGUGAUGGUGAGCUUGCCGUUCUUUCCGACGUUAUGGUACUGGACACCGAGUGUUUCCUGUGGUUUCCACCGGCCAUUCGUGGGCCACCUUCGUCACCACAGAGAGUGGUGUGAAAUGUAA